AAAAAAAAAAAAAAAAGAAGAAGAAGAAGAUUCUCUGAUUCCUCCCCACAGAGAGUGUCCUAGGCCACUUGGGCAUAAGGGCUUUUUAACAUGCGCAGCCUCGCACUAAGUGCUUCGUCUGCUGCUUCAUUUCACCUAUGCAAGCUUUUGGAAGCAGAGCUCAUCCCUCUAUAUGGGUCAGGACCAAGCUCAGCAGGGGGAGGUCACUGCCAGCUCCCCCCUGCCCCGGGCCAGUAAGUGGCAGGCUUGGGGUUUGCACCACCCAGACUCUGUCGUCUACCUGGAGCCCCAGCUCGUGGCUGUCACUCUAAUCCUUACAGUUGGGACGUUGGGCUCCUUGCCACCUGCCUGCCCAAGUCCCGGCUGCCUCGGGAGGGCGCUGCUCCUGCUGGCGCCCUGGGCCGGGCUAGAUCCUGCUGGGCUCAAAGCCAGUGGGAGCGGCUGGGGCAGGGCCCGGAUUCUCGGAUCCUCAGCUUCUUGGCAACCUGUGUGACUCAGUGGGCUGGUAAAAGGGCCGGCAGGCGGGCAGCCAGCACGGGGGAGCCCUGCGGUGAGUGAUCAACAGCCGGAGGAGCUGACUGCUGGGUUACUGUCCUGCCUGGGGCGGAGCCAAGCCUCAGCUGCCAAAAUAAGCAGGGCCCCUCUCCCCCUUUCUCCCUCCCAGCUCCCCUGGCAGAGGCUUCCUUCCUGUGGCUCCACGGGUCCUGGGGUCCCCAGGUCUCCCCAGCCUGGAAGAGGGGCCAGAGGCUCCCCGAUUGGACAUGUAGCUUCCACAGCCACUCAGGCUCUGGCCCCCGUUGGCCCUCCCGGAAAGAACAGGGAGAGAAUCACCCUGGCUCUUAUUAUAAAAAGGCUGGGAAUAGCAGCCUCAAAGCCAGACUGCUGUGUGGCUUUGGGUGAGUUUGAUGCCAGCUCUGAGCUUCUGUCCCCAAGCACACCUGCCACCUGCCUCCCACGUUGUGACAAUUGAAUGAUAGCCACUGGCACAUCUGUGAGUAGUAGAAAUAUGGGGGUCCUAGACUCCGGUUCUGGCACUGAGCCAGGGGUGGGGGAGGUGACAGCAUCUCCAGCUGGGGUCCAUACUGGGGACAGGCCACCCACCCUGCUGACGGGGACCUAACAGCCCCAAGCCGGUCUGUGAGGCCCAGAACAAAUCCACGCUGACCCAGUGCAGAGGAGAGGAGAGCAAGCUGCCCUGGGGACUGGACAGCCCUAGGCAUGUCCCUGGACUUGGCACCUACCUGCUGUGCAGCCGCAGGCAAGUUGUUUGCCCUCUCUGGGCCUCGAUCUUCUCAGUUUUACAGUGGAAAUAAUUAGCGCGGCUUCAUCUGUUUCACAGAUGCUGGGUGGAAAGGUGCUUUGUCCCAUGGAGGAGAACAAAAGGCAGGACCAGGCUGUGUUCUGGGGGGGACGAGGGGGCAUCAGGAGGCACUUCGGUGGCUUCUCAGUGUGGACCUUGCCUUUGGGCUGUACGUUUGCCCUGCCCUGGUGCCUCGGAGUCUCCGUCAGACCUGAAGCAGGAAGGGUGCCACCCGCACAUGUGCACAGGCGUGCGUGUGCACACACAGACCUAAACCUCUUUCCUGGCUUCUGGGGGUGGGUGGCUGGGUCACGGGCCUACCCGUCUGCGGCAUCACCCAGAGCCGGGCUGCUGGUGACUGCAUGCAGAGCGACUUGCUAAUGGGCCUCAGGUUCCCAGAAACAAGAGGGCCACCCCCUGUCCCCAGCAGGACCCCGAGUCAGGUCAGGAGGCUGCAGGAAAGAGGAGCAGAGACUGGCCCCGGGCCUCUCCUGUCUGCUUCCUGGACAGGAUGUUAUGCUGAGUAAACAGCUUCGAGGGGAGUCACGGCUCGGGCUGAGUCACAGCUCCUAGCGACAACCACGCCGUGUUUAUAAACAGUGGGCCUCGCACCAACCAGGGCUUGCUCUCCCCCCCACCCCACCCCGCUGGAGCCUGGACGGGGUGAGAGGACCCCAGAUGGGGGAUCAGCAGACCCCAGCAUCCCUCCCCCACCCAAAGGGUGUGAUUCUGAGCACGCGUCUGUGUGUACACGUGUGUCCCCAAGUGGGGCUUUGCUGUGUCUGGGCUUGUGUGUGUGUGGCUGGCUGGGUUCCUUGUUCCAGGGCCACCUGCGUGGUGGGCAGAGCGCUGUGCGACUGUUUGCAGGUCACAUGACCUCGGUGUCCUGGGACACGUGUGAGGUCCAGGUAGCAUCUCCUGGGCUGGUGUGACUGUUCCUGAGGCCGUGCCCACCCAGAGCGCCACGCACAGUAGGGGCACAGGAAGCGGAGGGCAGGCGGGGUGCAGGUGGAUCACCCCUAACCGUUGUCCCUGGCCCUGGAGCCCUGGCUCUCCACGGCUGCCCUCCGUUCCAGGCUGUGACAGUGAUGAGCUGCACCAUGUGGCGACACGAGGCCGGCAGGGAACAAAGGCGCCUCUGCUCUCCCCCAGGCGGGUGGGGGGGGGGUGUACCCUUCCCUCCCCUCCCCCCUGGCCCCGCCUCCUCAGGGCUCCUGCGUUUCUUGCCUGCAGCUGGUCCUGUCCUGCCUCCUGGCUGUGACUUAAGUCCUAGGCCUUCCCAGCAGCUCAGGGCCCACUGCUCUGGGGCAGCCCUGCCUGCCUGGCCUGGCUCCCAAAGGAAUGGCCCUGAGGCCGGGCUCACCCAUACAGGAGGCUGGGAGGCGAGAGUCCUUGGGAAAGAGCCCAGGGAGCCUCGAAUGGCGCUCAGCGGCUGUGGGAGGCAGGGGUGCCCCCUCGCAGGGAGCCUGGCACUGGGGAAAUGCACAAUAAAUGCAACAACUGCUUGUCAAAUCAAAGGCACUAACAAACACACAGACACACCUAACGGGGCAGCCUGGUUCCCUAUUGGUUCCUGUAACCCCGCCCCCACUUCCUCCCAGGGCCUCUUGAAGUUCCCCCCACCCCCAAAUAUGUUCACAGGGCUGGAAAGGCUUCCUUAACCCCCACCCCCCCACCCCCCAGCCUGCUGAUCCCUGCCUCAACCCUGGGCCUGGGAGCUGGGAGGCCCUCCCCCAUUUCACCCAGUGUCCCAAGGGCUAGGGGGAGCUCACCGGUCCAGGUACAGGGCAGCCAGACCACAUCAAGGGGUGCCCGAGGUUGCUCGGCCAGUCCGUGGGGAACACGGGGUGUGGGGGGGGGGCAGAGGCCGAGGGUGGGUGGCCCGGGCACCUGGAGCUGUCUCCCUCUUCUGCUGCCCCUGCCUCUCCUGCUGGCAUCUGCACGGGGCCUCCCCCAUAAGACUGAGCACCUGGGGGAGCCCUGCCAGCCUGUCCUGGGGAAAGUGGACCAGUGUGUCUGCCAGCCCUCCCGGCCUCCCCUCUCAUGGGACCAGGGUUGCCUCGCGGUGCCCCACGAACGUUUGCUGCUCUUCGACAAACACAUCCAAGUUCUCCCCUGGCAUCCGGUUCAGGGUACACGCUGAGCACCCGAUAGACCUCAGGCUGCUGUCUGGAGCUUGUCCUUGGAGGGGGAGCCAGGCUACAGCACUCCUGGUGCAGGGGCCAUAGCCACCAACCUUCACCCAGGGGGAAUUUCACACCAGGCCCUGGGGCAGGUGCAAGACCAAGGGAGCCGGUCAGAAUGCAGGUCUGCCAAGUGUAUUGCAGGAACCAGGCCUGCGCAGAGUUCUUGUCGAGCCGUCCAGGGUCCUCGUGUCCAUUUUACAGAUGAGGAAACCAAGGCCAUUAAGUCACUAGCCCAGAGUCCCAGAACUGCUAAGAGGAACCCAGUCACCUCUGCUGUUUCUCUAAGGUGCAGGUUAAGUGUCACCAUGCACGGAAGGGCCAGGGUGGCCGGGGAGAAAGCAGGCGGGGUCUGAGGGGAGGUGGGCCUGGGCUGGUGGUCACCCUGAGUGAGUGGGGGGGCCUGAGGGCUGGGGACAGAGAGGACUUUGGAUCCUCCUGUGCGUGGGACAGAAAGAAGGCUUUGGAGGGAUUUCAGUGCAGCGGAGAUGCGCCAUGCUCUGGCUGCAGGUGGGAGAAUGGGCACGCGGAGGCAGGAGGUGGCCUCAGGGUCCAGCUGGAACCCCCUACCCAGAGGCCUGCCCACGUCCUUUGGAGAAUCCCCCCCCCAGGGACUCCUAACCUGAAUCGUUUCUUCUAUGAAAGAAACCCUCCUGCCCCAGAGGAGCGCGAGGGGGGAAUUCAAAUGCCCCUGUAGGCUGCACCCCCCGCCCCCUAACGGAUCAGGAAAUAGGCCCCCGAGAAGAGGAACCUGCAAGUCCCACAGGGAGGCAGUGCCCGGCGGUGGCAGGAACCGGGUCUCGGUUCCUGGCCUCCGAGCUGCCUGCUUCGUCGCGUCCCCUGCUCCCCGCAAAGCCACCGGAAGAGGAUGUGCAACGCUCACUCGCUCUCAGAGAGGCAGAGUGAGUGCUGGCGGGGCUCGGUGCCAGGGCGGCAUGCUGGGCCCCCGCCACCCCGCCAGGGCCUGGGGGCCUGAUGUGCCUGCGGGCCGGCUCCGGAGCCCCCGUCCAGCCGCCUCUCCCCUCGGCCUCUGUGAUCCUGUGCACCCCGCCGGCUGCCCACCAGGAUCCCAGGAGGAGCUCCACACAGGAGAUUGGCGAGGAGCUGGUCAACGGGGUCGUGUACUCCAUCUCCCUGCGGAAGGUCCAGGUGCACCACGGAGCCACCAAGGGCCAGCGCUGGCUCGGGUGUGAAAAUGAGUCGGCCCUGAACCUGUAUGAGACCUGCAAGGUGCGGACGGUGAAGGCAGGUACCCUGGAGAAGCUGGUGGGGCACCUGGUGCCCGCCUUCCAGGGCAGCGACCUCUCCUACGUCACCGUCUUCCUGUGCACCUACCGGGCCUUCACCACCACCCAGCAAGUCCUGGACCUGCUGUUCGAAAGCAGGUACGGUAGGUGUGACGCACUCACGGCCUCCUCUAGAUACGGCUGCAUCCUGCCUUAUGCCCACGAGGACGGCGGGCCCCAGGACCAGCUGAAAAAUGCCAUCUCCUCCAUCCUGGGCACCUGGCUGGACCAGUACUCGGAGGACUUCUGUCAGCCCCCCGACUUUCCCUGCCUCAAGCAGCUGGUGGCCUAUGUGCAGCUCAACAUGCCCGGCUCCGACCUGGAGCGCCGUGCCCACCUUCUCCUGGCCCAGCUGGAGCAUGCAGAACUCACCCAGGCAGAGCCAGAGGCUCUGAAACCAGCCCCAGAGCUAGAGCUGGCUCCAGCACCCCUUCUAGCACCCAGUCCAGUGCCAGCGCCAGACCUGGAGCCAGUGCCAGGCCCAGACCUAGAGCCAGCUCUUGCGCCAGCUCCAGACCCAGAGCCAGCACCAGCACCAGCACCGACUCCUGAGCUGGAGCUGGCUCUGUCGCAAAGCCUAGAGCUAGAGCCCGCCUCGGCACCGGAGCCCUCCUGGCCCUCACCCGUGGCUGCAGAGAAGGGGCUCGGGGAGGAGAAGCCUCACCUCCUGGCAUUCCCUGCCGUCCUGGUGGCGGAGCAGUUCACGCUGAUGGAUGCGGAGCUGUUCAAGAAAGUGGUGCCCUACCACUGCCUGGGCUCCAUCUGGUCCCAGCGGGACAAGAAGGGCAAGGAGCACCUGGCUCCCACCGUCCGCGCCACCGUCACCCAGUUCAACAACGUGGCCAACUGUGUCAUCACCACCUGCCUCGGGGACCGGAGCGUGACGGCCCGGGGCAGGGCCCGGGUGGUGGAGCACUGGAUCCAGGUGGCCAGGGAGUGCCGGGCGCUUAAGAACUUCUCAUCCCUCUACGCCAUCCUCUCGGCUCUGCAGAGCAACUCCAUCCACCGACUGAAAAAGACGUGGGAUGAAGUCUCCAGGGAGAGCUUCCGGAUCUUUCAGAAGCUGUCAGAGAUUUUCUCAGAUGAGAACAACUACUCGCUGAGCAGAGAGCUGCUUAUCAAGGAGGGGACCUCCAAGUUUGCCACCCUGGAAAUGAACCCCAAGAGAGCCCAGAAGCGACCCAAGGAGACGGGUGUCAUCCAGGGUACCGUUCCCUACCUGGGCACCUUCCUCACAGACCUGGUGAUGCUGGACACGGCGAUGAAGGACUAUCUGUAUGGCAGACUGAUCAACUUCGAGAAGAGAAGGAAGGAAUUCGAAGUCAUCGCCCAGAUCAAGCUGCUCCAGUCGGCCUGCAACAAUUACAGCAUCGCGCCCGAGGAGCAGUUCCGGGCCUGGUUCCAGGCCAUGGAGUGGCUCAGCGAGACUGAGAGCUACAACUUGUCCUGUGAGCUGGAGCCCCCCUCGGAGUCAGCCAGCAACACCCUCAGGGUCAAGAAGAACGCAGCCAUCGUCAAGCGCUGGAGCGACCGCCAGGCCCCCAGCACGGAGCUCAGUGCCAGCAGCAGCUGCCACUCCAAGUCCUGUGACCAGCUCAGGUGCAGCCCCUACCUCAGCAGCGGGGACAUUGCUGACGCACUCAGCGUCCACUCAGCUGGGUCCUCCAGCUCCGACGUGGAGGAGAUCAACGUGAGCUUUGUCCCAGAGUCCCCCGAUGGCCAGGAGAAGAAGUUCUGGGAGUCGGCCUCCCAGUCGUCCCCGGAGACCUCCGGCAUCAGCUCGGCCUCCAGCAGCACCUCCUCCUCCUCAGCCUCCACCACGCCCGUGGCCACCGCCCGCACCCACAAGCGCUCCGUCUCCGGGGUCUGCAGCCAUGGCUCCUCGCUGCCCCUCUACAACCAGCAGGUGGGCGACUGCUGCAUCAUCCGGGUCAGCCUGGACGUGGACAACGGCAACAUGUACAAGAGCAUCCUGGUGACCAGCCAGGACAAGGCUCCGGCUGUCAUCCGCAAGGCCAUGGACAAACACAACCUGGACGAGGACGAGCCGGAAGAUUACGAGCUGGUGCAGGUCAUUUCGGAAGAUCGCAAGCUGAAGAUCCCCGACAAUGCCAACGUGUUCUAUGCCAUGAACUCCACUGCCAACUAUGACUUCGUCCUGAAGAAACGGACCUUCACCAAGGGGGCAAAGGUCAGGCAUGGAGCCAGCUCGACCCUCCCCCGCAUGAAGCAGAAAGGACUCAAGAUCGCCAAGGGCAUCUUCUGACUGGUCCCGACCAAGCUGGCCCUUCCGGGGUCUGGCCGGCCGGACAGCUAAGCACUUACAGACGUCAGUGGCCCAGGCCAGGCGGGCCCUCCUGCCCAGCCUGCCAGCCCAGGCCACCCCCAGACUCCAGUUUCACCCUGAACCUCUCCUGCUGCCGGGCCUGACGCCCACCGAUCGGUGGGCUGACCUGGCCUCCUGUGGACCUCUCGCUGCCUUAGGUGCCUUCUGCUCUCUGGAACCAGAGGACUAGCUGACUUUUGCCAAGGAGCGCUGCCAAUGGGCACGGAGCCCUGCCUGCUGCCGGGCGCCGCCCUCUGUACACGUCCCUCACACCUUCCCAGGUGUGGGCCACUGCCACCUGUGCCCGUGGGCACCCCAGGGCACCCACUCAUCCACCAGGUCUGACCACUGCAGUUCUCUCCUCGUGCCCUUCGUGGGGUCCCGGCCCCUCCUCACUCCACUCUAGCCUUUCUCAGGCUGCACCAAAGAUUCCAUCGUCAGGGCCGACGGGGAGUGAGGAAGGCUUGCCCACUGCCCAGUCCAGCCCUCCCCUGGGAGAGGAGAGAGAGAGAGAGACCCUCUUCGCAGACCACGCUCAUAGCCAGUGAGUGAGGACGGCCUCGGCCGAGUCCCACUGAUGUCACAACCCAUGACACUGCAAGUGCCCUUCACUGCGGCAUCUGGGCUUCACGAGACCACACGAGACGGGGGUUGGUGAGAAAGGAGGGUUUGGGGAGGGGAGGGGGUUGAAUAUUUGUAUAAAAGGUGAAAAAAAUGUUUACCAGUUGGGGAGGGGCAAUAUUUAUUUGUUGUAAAUAGCAAAGGCUAGACUUGAAUAUUAUAUUAAAAUCCUGUUUCUACUGUA